AUGGUUCAGUUUAUAUUUUUUGAUAGCUUUUUACUUAUGUUAUAUGUUAAUUUAAGUGGAAAUAUUGAAGGUUUAAGUUAUAUAUUACGAUAUGAUUCAUUAUCUUAUGAUAGAUUAUUUCCUACGUUUUUUUUUUAUCUUGGGAUGCAAUUACCAGCCCGAAUGUGUUCAGGCUGGCAUUUAUUUAUUUUAUAUGUUAUUGGCUUCUUUACUAGUAUUAAUUGGUUUAUGAAGCUAAUGGUACUUUAUAUUUUUAUGGAUUUUGGGGUGAUGAAAUUAAUAAUUUUUAUAUUUAUUUGGGCCCAUGUUGAGGCCCCUAUUUCUGUUUUUAAGGUGUUGGCAGGUGGAUUAUUGAAGUUGGGUGGUUACGGAUUGAUGCGUUUAGUAUGUUUAUGUCAAGUUGAUUUGAAAUCAUUAAUUGCUUAUUCAUCGGUUGAUCGUAUGGGCAUGGUUUUAGGUGGUUUAAUGACUUUAAAUUCUUGA